AUGAUGCUCGUCGCGGCAACAAUCAGUCGGCAUUCUGUUGCCAGGGCAAAGCCCACCACCGGAGAAUAUGUGCAGUCAUUUGCCAGACUUUUGCAGCGUACUGCUGGCGGUCAAUCGUUUCGUCAAGGAUCGCUACGUCUGAUUCGACCCAUGACCACCGGUACUGGUACCCAAACGCCACCACCGGAAAAUUUUGACUUUGAUUAUUUUGUGAUUGGAGCUGGCAGCGGAGGGAUUGCCAGUGCCCGACGAGCUGCUACCUACGGUGCGAAAGUGGCUGUGGCAGAACAAGCCAGACUGGGAGGUACUUGUGUCAAUGUGGGCUGUGUUCCGAAGAAAGUAAUGUGGAAUGCCGCAUCCAUCGCCGAGACACUCCAUGACAUGAAGCACUACGGGUUUUCUACUAGUAGCAACAAUGAUGUGUCAUUUGAUUGGACAUUCAUCAAGGAAAAUCGGGACAAGUACAUUGCCCGGUUGAACUCCAUCUAUGAAAGAAACAUUGAAAACUCGGGAGUUGCAAAACUUAUUGGACAAGCCUCAUUGGCAGGAAACCAGACAGUUCAACUUGUGGACCAAGAUGGAAAUUCUGAAACCUACACAGCAAAACACAUUCUGAUUGCCACGGGAGGCGUUCCCGUCUUUCCUCCUGGUGAAGGCAUCCAAGAACAUUGUAUUUCAUCAGACGGCUUUUUCGAAUUGGAAGACCUUCCCCGAAAGGCUGCUGUGGUUGGUGCUGGAUACAUUGCCGUAGAACUCGCAGGAGUUCUCAAUGCACUUGGGACAGAGACCAAGCUAGUGGUUCGAAAAGAAGGAGCAAUCCGUAGUUUUGAUGAUCUCCUGAAAACGACGCUUGAUGAGGAAAUGCAGCGAGCGGGAAUUGAGAUAUAUCGCAAUACAAAUGGAGUGGAAAAAGUGGAUGUCAACGCAGAUGGAACCAAAAAGUUGACGUUGAAAAAUGGGGAAAUCGUUGAUGAUCUUGAUACAGUUCUCAUGGCGCCUGGAAGGAAACCCAAUGUUGCAUCACUGCAACUGCAAUCUGCUGGAGUACAGCAAAAGAGUGGCGGCUACAUCAAGGCCAAUGAAUACUCAGAAACAUCGGCGGAGGGAGUUUACGCUGUAGGCGAUGUAGUUGGAGAAGUCGAGCUCACCCCGACUGCCAUUGCAGCUGGUCGUCGAUUGGCGGAUCGGCUGUUUGGUGGACCACAAUACGCCGGUGCAAAAAUCAACUACGAGCUCGUUCCAACGGUUGUAUUUUCGCAUCCUCCGAUUGGAACUAUUGGGUUGACUGAAGAGGAGGCGGUGGCCAAGUACGGGCAAGACAAUAUCAAGGUGUACAGAUCAAGAUUUGUGAACUUGUACUAUGGCCAUGGCAAGUGGAACCAGACGACAAACCAAAGACGGCCAUGAAAUUGGUGUGUGCGGGCGCGGAAGAAAAAGUUGUGGGUCUCCACGUCAUUGGGAUAGGGGCAGAUGAAAUGCUUCAAGGUUUCGGCAUUGCGCUGAAGAUGGGGGCUACCAAAGCAGACUUUGAUUCUGUUAUAGCUAUUCACCCC